AUGGAGAGUAGCAUCCACCUGAGUAGUCUGAUUAGUCGGCAUGAUGACGAAGCCACGAGAACAUCGACCUCAGAAGGACUGGAGGAAGGUGAAGUGGAGGGAGAGACACUCCUGAUUGUGGAAUCUGAGGAUCAGGCAUCAGUGGACUUAUCACAUGACCAGAGUGGGGAUUCCCUCAACAGCGAUGAAGGAGACGUAUCGUGGAUAGAGGAGCAGCUGUCCUACUUCUGUGACAAGUGCCAAAAAUGGAUACCAGCCAGUCAGCUGAGGGAACAGCUCAGUUACCUUAAGGGUGAUAAUUUUUUUAGGUUUACUUGUUCGGAUUGCUCGGCAGAUGGCAAGGAGCAGUAUGAAAGGCUGAAGCUGACAUGGCAGCAAGUCGUCAUGUUGGCGAUGUACAACUUGUCUCUAGAAGGAAGUGGACGUCAAGGUUAUUUCAGGUGGAAAGAAGAUAUCUGCGCUUUUAUUGAGAAACAUUGGACUUUUUUACUAGGGAAUAGGAAAAAGACAUCCACCUGGUGGAGCACCGUGGCAGGUUGCCUCAGCGUGGGAAGUCCCAUGUACUUCCGUUCAGGUGCUCAGGAAUUUGGAGAGUCGGGAUGGUGGAAACUUGUUCAUAACAAGCCCCCAACAAUGAAACCUGAAGGAGAGAAGUUGUCUGCCUCGACUUUGAAAAUAAAAGCCUCAAAACCAACUUUAGAUCCCAUCAUUACUGUUGAGGGACUUAGAAAACGGGCAAGUCGGAAUCCUGUGGAAUCUGCCAUGGAAUUAAAAGAGAAAAGGUCUCGAACUCAGGAAGCAAAAGACAUUAGAAGAGCCCAAAAGGAGGCGGCUGGUUUUCUUGACAGGAGCACGUCUUCUACCCCUGUAAAGUUCAUAAGCCGAGGCCGUAGGCCAGAUGUGAUUCUUGAAAAAGGAGAAGUGAUUGACUUUUCCUCCUUGAGCUCCUCUGACCGCACCCCGCUGACAAGCCCAUCUCCUUCUCCUUCUCUGGAUUUCUCUGCCCCUGGGACACCUGCCUCUCAUUCUGCCACGCCCAGCUUGCUUUCAGAAGCAGAUCUGAUUCCAGAUGUGAUGCCCCCGCAAGCCUUGUUUCACGAUGAUGAUGAGAUGGAAGGCGAUGGAGUCAUAGACCCAGGGAUGGAGUACAUUCCACCCCCUUCUGGGUCAGUAGCUUCUGGGCCAGUGGUUGGGAGCAGAAAGAAGGUCAGAGGCCCUGAACAGAUAAAGCAGGAGGUAGAGAGUGAGGAAGAAAAACCAGACAGGAUGGAUAUUGACAGUGAAGACACAGAUUCCAACACGUCUUUGCAAACAAGGGCUCGAGAAAAGAGGAAGCCUCAGCUGGAGAAGGACACAAAGCCGAAAGAGCCCAAGUAUACUCCCGUGAGCAUCUAUGAGGAAAAGCUGUUGCUCAAGAGGCUGGAAGCUUGUCCUGGUGCGGUUGCCAUGACUCCGGAAGCUCGGAGACUGAAGCGCAAACUGAUUGUCAGACAAGCGAAAAGGGAUAGGGGAUUACCACUUUUUGACUUGGAUCAAGUUGUUAAUGCUGCUCUUCUGUUAGUUGAUGGGAUUUAUGGAGCCAAAGAAGGAGUUUCCAGACUUUCAGCUGGACAAGCCAUGUACCGAACUACCUGUCAGGACUUCAGAAUCCUUGAUCGAUACCAGACGUCCUUGCCAUCCAGAAAGGGAUUUCGACACCAGACCACCAAGUUUUUGUAUCGCUUGGUGGGAUCAGAAGAUAUGGCUGUGGACCAGAGUAUUGUCAGCCCUUACACCUCUCGGAUCUUGAAACCUUAUAUCAGGCGUGAUUAUGAAACAAAGCCACCCAAACUGCAGCUCCUGUCACAGAUACGUUCCCACCUGCACAGGAGCGACCCUUGCUGGACGCCGGAGCCAGAUGCACCUCUCGAUUACUGUUAUGUGCGGCCAAAUCAUAUCCCAACAAUCAACUCCAUGUGUCAGGAGUUUUUUUGGCCUGGCAUUGACCUGUCUGAGUGUCUGCAGUACCCAGACUUCAGUGUGGUUGUUCUCUAUAAAAAAGUCAUCAUUGCCUUUGGCUUCAUGGUUCCCGAUGUGAAAUACAAUGAAGCUUACAUUUCGUUUCUGUUUGUCCACCCUGAAUGGAGAAGAGCAGGGAUUGCAACUUUCAUGAUCUAUCAUCUGAUUCAGACAGGGUCUCACUCUGCUGUCCAGGCUGGAGUGCAGUAGUGUGAUCUCAGUUCACUGCAACCUCUGCCUCCCAGGCUCAAGCCCGGCAUCGUGUCCAGAAGCACAAACAACUAAAUGAUGAGCAAAUCUGAUGUCAUGAGACUUCCCCUAUGCUUUAUUCUACGAGUGUUAGCUCUUAGAUGCAGGCCUUUGAUCCAUUUGAUUUAAUUCUUGUACAGGGUCAGCUCAGCGAUAUAGCAGGUUCAGUUCCAGACUACUCUCAUAAAGCGAAUAUUACAAGAAAGCCAGCAACACAAAGUUUUUGGUUUCCCAGUUUACAUAAAAGUUAUGUUUACACUACCCUGUAGUCUAUUAAGUGUGCAAUAGCAUUAUAACGAAAAUGUAAAACCUUAAUGAAAAAAUACUUUAUUGCUAGAAGAUGCUGAUGAUUGUCUUAGUCUUCAGUGAGUUGUACUAUUUUUGCUGGUCUUGCCUCAGUGUUCAUGGCUGCUGACUGACUCAGGGUGGUGGUUGCUGAAGGCUGGGGUGGCUGUGCCAUCUCUUAAGACACCAGGGAAAUGUGCCACAUUGACUGGCUCUCCCUUUCACAGAUUACUCUGUAGCAUGCGAUGCAUUUGGCAGCGUUUUACCCGCAGUAAAACUUCUUUCAACACUGUAGUCAGUCCUCUCAAACCUGUUGCUGUUUUGCCAAGUAGGGUCAUGUGAUAUUCCAAAUCCUCUGUUGUCAUUUCAGCAGUGUUCACGGCAUCUUCACCGGAGUAGAUGCCAUCUCAAGACACCACUUUCUUUGCUCAUCCGUAAGAAGGAACUCUUCAUUUAUUCAAAUUUUAUCACGAAAUUACAGCAACUCAGUCACGUCUUCAGGCUCAUCUUCUAAUUCUAGUUGUCUUGCUGCUUCCACCGCAUGUACUGUGACUUCCUCCACUGAAGUCUUGAACCCCUCAAAAUCAUUCAUGAGGCUUGGAAUCAACUUCUUCUAAACUCCUGUGAAUGUUGAUAUUUUGACCUCUUCUCGUGAAUCACAGAUUUUUUUUUUUUUUUACCGAGUCUCACUCUCACCCAGGCUGGAGUGCAGUGGUGUGAUCUUGGCUCACUGCAGCCUCUGCCUUGUAGGUUCAAUGGGUUCUCAUGCCUCAGCCUCCUGAGUAGCUAGGAUUACGGGCGCCCACCACCACACCUGGCUAAGUUUUAUAUUUUUAGUAGAGACGGGGUUUCACCAUAUUGGCCAGGCUGGUCUUGAACUCUGACCUUGACUGAUCCACUCACCUUGGCCUCCCAAAGUGCUGGGAUUAUAGGCAUGAGCCACCGCAUCCAGCCAGAGUCACAGAUGUUCUAAAUGGCCAGAAUGGCCUGAUUUCAGAAUUGUUGUGUCUAACAGAAUAAGAAAGCCUGAGGUGAGGACAGGGAGAUGGGAAGUGGCCUAUUGGUUGAGCAAUCAGGUGCCUCAAAACAAUUAGCAAUGGUAACAUCAAAGAUCAUUGAUCAUAAAUCACUAUAGCAGAUAUAACAAUAAUGAAAAAGUUUGAAAUAUUGCAAGAAUUUCCAAAAUGCGACACAGAGACAUGAAGUGAACACAGGCUGUUGGAAAAAUGACACUGAUAGAUUUGCUCAACCUAGAGUUGCUACAGCUCUUUGAUUUGCAAAUAUAUGUGAAAUGCAGUAAAGCAAAAAGCAGUAAAAUGAGGUAUGCCUGUAUAUGGUGUAAAAGAAAGAUCUAAUUUCAUUCUUUUGCAUGUGGAUAUCCAGUUUUCUUGGCAUUUCCUCAUUGAAUGGCUUUGGCAUCCAUGUUGAAAAUUGUUUGGCCAUAUAUGUGAGGGUUUAAAUCUGGGCUGUCUAUUCCAUUGGUUUAUAGGUUUGUAUAUCUGUCUUAAUGGUGAUACAAUACUGUUUGCAUUAUUAUAGCUUUGUAAUAAGUUUUGAAACCAGCUUUGGUCCUUCCUUUUCAAGAUUAUUUUGGCUAUUACACUUCCCUUGAAAUACCAUAUAAUUAAAGAUGGUUUUUUUCUAUUUCUGCAAAAACUAUUGGGAUUUUGACCGGGAUUGCAUUGAAUCUGUAGAUUGCUUUUGGAAGUACUGCUGUCUCCACAUUAUUAAAUCUUCCAAUCUAUGAACCUGGGUUGUCUUUCUAUUAUUGGCUUAUGUCUUCUUUAAUUUCUUUGAACAAUAUUUUGUAGUCUUCAUGUGUUGCCCAGGCUGGAGUGCAGUGGCACAAUCUGGGCUCACUGCAACUUCUGGCUCUUGGGUUCAAGUGAUUUUCAUGCCUCAGCCUCCCGAAGCUACUACUCAGCUUUCAAGUAGUCCUGGGCUGGGACUACAGGUGCAUACCACCACGCCUGGCUAAUUUUUUCUUUUUUUUUUUUUGUAAUUUUAAUACAGAUGAGGUUUCACCAUGUUGGCCAGGCUGAUCUUGAAGUCCUGACCUCAGUCCACCCGCCUCAGCCUCCCAAAGUGCUGGGAUUACAGGCGUGAGCCGCUGCAUUCUGACACUUGUUCAUCAUUAAUGUAAACACAACUGGUUUUUGCUUGUUGAUUUUGCAUCCUGCUCUAUCCUUUGCUUUUAAAAAUGUAUGUAUUGGGAUUUUUCUAUACCAUCAAUAUUUUGAGAUACCUCAUUGUUACCUGGAUAGCAUCCUGUUAUGUGGCCGAUCUAGAUUGGUCUUCAUUCCACAGCCCACAGAACGAAGCGGGCCCAUUGCCUGUUUUUGUACUUAAGCUGAAAGUGGUUUCAUAAUUUUUAAAUUGUUACAUUUUAAGCAGUACCUACAUAACCUUUAUCUUGUUUCUUGGCCACAAAAUCUAAAAUAUUUAUUAUUGGCCCAUCAAGAAAAAGUUUAUUGAUCCCCAUUCUGGAACAUACUUGGCCAGUCUCCUGUUGAAAGCUUAUUCGAAUUGUUUCUAAUUUAAGGCUUAUUAUUAUUAUUAUUAAGAUAUGGGUCUUGCCAUGUUGACCAGGUUGCCAAGUUGUUCUCGAACUCCUGGCUUCAAGCGAUCUUUCCAUCUCGGCCUCCCAAAGUGCUGGGAUUACAGGUGUGAGCCACUGCACCUGGCCCUAACCUCAUGCUAUUCUAAACAAUAUUUCAUCGAAGUUUGCCCUCAGGGAUAUCUGUAGGGUAAAUCCCUAGUAGAGAAAUAAUUGCUGGAUCCACAGGAGGGUGCAUUUUUAUUUUGGACAGUUAAUGCCGCAAGGCCCCAGAAAGAAAUCACAGCCGUUCACCUCUCACCAGCAGCACUUUCCCUAUGUGCUAACAGUGUGAAUUACUGAUUUUUACAUUUUUAUCAUCUCAUUGUUGGAAUUUCCAUUUAUUUAAUUGUAAGUUAGGCUGAGCACCUUUUAAUAAAGAGGUAUAUCUACA